CGUAUGGGUCCUUAUCAGAGACCGUAGACGGCCAUCACGUCUUAUCAGCGGACCACCCGCAUCUCCAUCAUCCCCACCUCGUCACCAUCACACCUACUAUCAUCACCUUUUACAUCCAUUUCGUUAUUGCCGGUGGAGGCGUCGAGUCGAACGAGCUCUUGCAACGGGAAAGUGCGUCCAAUCCUCUUCCUCGCAUGAUCACCGUUUAUUGA